AUGGCCCUAACCCUCAUCACCGGCGCGACAGGCUUUAUCGGCUCCCAGGUCGCCCUGCGCGUUCUGCAAGCGGGCUACCGCGCUCGUCUCGCCAUCCGUCGCGAGGAACAGGCUGACAAGCUGCGUCGUAUCUUUGCCGACUAUGAGAAGCAAUUGGAGUUUGUGGUUGUACCGGAUAUCACCGUCUCUGGAUGCUUUGAUGAGGCAUUGCAGGGUGUGGAAUAUGUUUUGCAUCUGGCGUCUCCAUUGCCCAAGCCUGGUAGUGGUGAUCUGGUUACUCCUGCUAGGCGAGGAACGGUGGUUAUCUUGGAGUCUGCGGCGAAGGUACCGAGUAUUAAGAAGGUGGUUGUUACAGGAUCUGUACUAUCGCUAGUUUCAUUGGGAGAGCUUAAGGAUGGACUGGUCGUUAGAGAGGACAACGAAAUAAACUACACCCUCCCCCCAGAUUCGACAAUUCCAACCCUCCCCCCAAUGGCCCAAAACCACGCCAGCAAACUCGCGGCCCACAAAGCCACCCUCGACUUCCACUCCACCAACUCCCCGGCCUUCGACAUAAUAACCCUCCACCCCGUCUUCGUCUACGGCCGUAGUCUCGUCCAGGAAACCGCCGAUCAACUCAGCGGAUCCUGCGGCGGGCUCUUCCAAUCUCUCUUCUCCGAGACGCCGAGCUUCCCGCAGUUCAAUGGCGUGCAUGUUGAUGAUGUUGCGGAUGCGCAUGUAAAGGUUCUGGAUGAUGGUGUGAAGGGGUUUAGGUCGUAUUUGUUGGCGGCGGAGACGAGGUCUUGGGGGGAUGUUAGGCGGUUUUUGGAGGGGAGGUAUCCGGGGGUUGGGUUUGGAUUGAAGGGUGGUGAUGAUGGGGUUGGGUAUAGGGUUGAUGCGGGGAGGGCGGAGAGGGAGUUGGGGAUUGUGUUUAGGGGGUUGGAGCGUAUGGUUGGGGAUGUUGUUGAUCAGCAGUUUGAGUUGAGGGGUGGGAUUUAG